GACGGACAUCAAAAAAAAUUACUUGAAACAAUAUAUCCAAAGAGCUGGUCUGGGACAGAUGGACCUUCCAGUCAAGUAAAUGUUAUAUUCUUGUCCUCAAUGGGAACUGAAGCUGGUAACAUAUUGAAAACCUAUGCCAAAGACUCUAUGUGGACUCUAUCAGGAUAGUAGCCGAACGAUGGGUGCGAACCAGACGGACGACGGACCUGGAAGCCUAGGAACCUAUGCACUUUUUGAAAUUCACACAUUGGUCCCGGUCACGAUCAUUUGCAUUGUGCUCUUUCUCUUGGGUGUGACGGGAAAUCUGAUAACAAUUUUGAUCUUCAAGCGGUAUCGGGACAUGAGGUCCACCGUUAACAUGUACCUCUCCAGUAUGGCAGUGUCCGACAUUCUCAUUUUCCUCGGUCUGCCGUUUGACUUGUACAGAAUUUGGAAAUACAAGCCUUACAUUUUUGGUAACUUUGUCUGCAAGUUUUUGGUUUACCUGAGCGAGACCUGCACCUACUGCUCCGUUCUUCACAUCACCACCGUCAGUGUCGAAAGGUAUCUGGCCAUUUGCUUCCCUCUGAAGGCCAGAAUCAUGAUCACCAAGAAGAGAGUGAAGAUCAUCAUUGUGGUCCUGUGGAUCCUUUCCUUCAUCACUGCCGGCCCGAUCUUAUUUUUGGUUGGUGUAGAACAUCAGCAGGGUACUCAACCGGAGGAGACCAAGGAAUGCAAGAACGUGAAACACGCCUCCCGAAACGGUCUUCUUCAGAUUAUGACUUGGGUCUCCACCAUAUAUUUUUUCAUUCCUGUCUGCUUUCUGACGCUGCUUUAUGGUCUAAUCUGUAAGACACUUUGGAAGAACAAACAUGUAAUCCAGGGCUCUACUGCAGCCAAUAGAGAGAAACAUCAUAAACAGACUGUAAAAAUGUUGGGUAAGUCACCUCCAGAAAAACAUAAAACAAUGACAGAAUACAACAUGUGAUCUCAUGUGUUGCCACUAGUUCCCACUUAUGAAUUUGGGAUUUUUUUUAGAAAGUAGUAAGCUAUUUUUAU